CCAGUGUUGGGUUUAGAGGGUCUCUCUCUACCAGGGUGACAAGUCCAGGAACCGGAGCGAACCGAGGGGAACUACAGCUGCCUUUUCAAGAAAAAAACACACUUUUUAUUUCUUCACCGCUGGAUACGUAACUCGGCCUGGGGUUGGAUUAAUUGAAGCCACUCUUUUUUAGUUUUUCUUUUUAAUUUGCUUUAGAAGACACACGCACAAACUCACCGCAGACAAUGGGAUCCCAGGCAUCCAAGGGAGAGGUGGCCGCGGAGGCGAAUGCUGCCGCCGCUGAUGCCGCAGCUGUCAAAACCAACGGACAGGAGAAUGGACAUGUGAAAACCAAUGGUGACGUGUCUACAAAGCCUGAUGGGGAUGCUGCUGCUACCAAUGGUUCAGCUGAGGCGGCCAAGGAGCCCGAAGCAGGUGCAGGAGGCGAUGCCAUUGAGCCAGCGCCCGCUGCAGAUGGUGAGGCAGCCAAACCUGAAGGUGAGGCGGCAACCAAGGAGACCCCCAAGAAGAAGAAGAAGAAGUUCUCCCUGAAGAAAUCCUUCAACUUCAAACUGAACCUGAAGAAGAGCAAGAAGAGCGAGGCGGUGAAGGAGGAAGCAGCCGCCGCCGCCACCGCUGCUUCUCCUGAGGAGAAACCAGCCGAGAACGGAGCCGCUGCUCCUGCUGAGGAGAAGAAGGAGGAGGUGAAGGAGGAGGCUGCUGCUGCUGCUGCUGCCGCUCCUGCUGCUUCGGCUGAGGCUCCAAAGGCAGAGGAGGGGGCAGCUAAAGAGGAGGCCCCGAAGGAGGAGGCCAAGGAGGCAGCUGCUCCGGCACCUGAGGCCACGAAACCAACAGAGGAGAGUAGCUCGACCCCCGCUCCCUCUGAAAAGAAAGAGUGAUUGUACCUUUAGCUCACAAUGAACUGGGUGAACUGUUUUUCGAGAGAGAGAGAAAAUUUAAGAGUAUAUAUAUAUAUUUAUAUAUAUAUGUGUAUAUGUAUACAUAUGUAUAUGGAUAUAUGUAUAUGUAAAUAUAUACACAUGUAUGUGAAAGACUCCUUCGACGUGCCACUUUUCGUCAUAACAAGAUGACAGACUAGAUUCACUAGAUCACUUCCCUGGUUACUGCUCGACAUCUGGACCUUGACUGAGUUUAGGCUGUGGGUUGGUCACUAUGUGGAAAAAAUGGAUUUAAAUGGCUGGAACGCUCGUGAAUGACACCAUGAAGUAUAGACGGAAGGAGGAAAGAAUGAGAGGAGGAGGUUGGAGUCGAUGCAUCUUUUCCCUAAAAAUCUGCAGAUCAAGAUGCCUCCUUUUGCUGAAGGAAAUGAAACUAGAUAACAAUAGUAGGACACCACCACCACUUGAAAUGACUGUUCAAUAGAGAAAAAAAUGAAAUCAGAAAACUUAAAGAGACUCGCCAACUUUUUACAUUCCUAUAUUUUAACCCAAAUUUGAAGUAUUUUGUGGUGUAUUAUAGAGAACCAUCUUAAAGAUUCAGAGAAGCUAUGUCUUGUUUGUUUAAAAUAAAAAAAAAAAUAGACAAUUUUGAUUUUUACCUUACUAUAAAAGAAGAACACUUAAGCUUGCUAUGUUCACUGUUGCGGUUUGAUAUGAAGCAGAGUUGUUUAUCUGUCGUGUGUGAGCCUGAAUCUGCUUUGUCUCUGUAAAUACAUUGGAUUGAUUUCUGUUCUUUAUUUUGCUAAUGUUGACAGAUGUUACUGGUUUUAUUGUAAAGUUGAUAAUGGUAAAUAAAUGUUGGUUACCUGCCGGUU